AGAAAGUAGAAUCGGAGAUGACGAAGACGAUAACAGAAAGAGGGAAUACUGUAAAUGUUACGGAAUCGGCUAGACAACUAGAUUUUACUGUGCUUUCUUCUUCUACCAGCACUUCAACAACAUCAUCUACUACCUCUGCUGUUGUUAUUUUGCCUGAACCUCAUCCUCAACAACAGCAUCAGAAUCAGACUCCACAACCAAAAGGUCCGUCAAUACAACCGCCGCCGGAAACGCCAUUGCCAGUAACACACGCGAAAUCGUCACUGUUUUCUUCUCCCGCUGUUCCUCCUGCAAAGUCACUUUCUUCUUCUCCUUUUGUUGUUCCUCGUCCACCAUCUCCUCCUUUGGCUGAUCUUCCUACGUUAUUGCCAGUAAAGACAGAAUCCCCAAAUGCCCGACCACGGGCUAAUGCUGAAGUAAAAGAUGGUACUCGGGAGAAGCUAAAACAAUGCGAUUGCAAACACUCACGGUGCUUGAAAUUGUAUUGCGAGUGCUUUUCUUCAGGAGUUUACUGUGAUGGAUGCAACUGCACAAAUUGUUUUAACAAUGUUGAGAAUGAGACCUCUAGGCAAGAGGCCAUGGAAGCUACUUUAGAGCGUAAUCCAAAUGCAUUCCGGCCAAAGAUUGCUAAUAUUCAUCAUGGGGUUCGUGACAUUAAGUGUAGGAGGAGAAGGGAUGCCAUUGCAAGAAAUCAGGAUGUCAUAAGAAGUAUUGUGAAUGCUUCCAAGCCAACAUUCUCUGUUCUGAAAUUCGUAAAUGCAUGGACUGCAAGAACUACGAUGCUAGUGAAGAGAGACGAGCUCUCUCCACGAGGAUCAUAGUAAUCAGAGUAAUGCCUUAUACAUGCAGCAGGUAGCUGCCAAUGCUGCAAUAACAGGAGGGAAUACUGUAAAUGGUACAGAAUUUUCCAGACAACUAGAUUUUACCGCGUUUUCUUCUUCUACUACUACUAAUUCAUCAACACCACCUACAACAUCAUGUACGACUCCUGUUGCUAUUUUGCCUAAACCUCAACAACAACAGCAACAACAGCAGAAUCAGAUUCCACAACGAAAAGGUCCGUUAAUACAAACGCCAUUACCAAUAACACACGCGAAAUUGUCACUGUCUUCUUCUGCUGCUGUUCCUCCUGCAAAGUCACUCUCUUCUCCUUUUGUUGUUUUUCCUCCACCACCUCCUCCUUUGGCUGCUUGUCCUACGUUAUUACCAGUAAAGACGGAAUCCCCAAAUGUUCGACCACGGGCUAAUGCGGAAGUAAAAGAUGGUAGUCGGAAGAAGCUAAAACAAUGCAAUUGCAAACACUCACGGUGCUUGAAAUUGAGUUUACUGUGAUGGCUGCAACUGCACAAAUUGUUUUAACAAUGUUGAGAAUGAGACCUCUAGGCAAGAGGCUGUGGAAGCUACUUUAGAGCGUAAUUCAAAUGCAUUCUGGCCAAAGAUUGCUAGUAGUCUUCAUGGGGUUGUUGACCUUAAGGGUGACAUCUUAACGACCGUAAAGCACAAUAAAGGAUGCCAUUGCAAGAAAUCAAGAUGUUGUACGAAGUAUUGUGAAUGCCUUCAAGCCAACAUUCUCUGUUCUGAAAACUGUAGAUGCAUGGACUGCACGAACUAUGAUGGCAGUGAAGAGAGACGAGCUCUCUUUCACGAGGAUCAUAUUAUUCUUAGUAAUGCCUUGUAGAAGAUGAGGAAAUUGAAGCUGUCAGAUGCACAUUCCAGGAUGAAAAUGUGUAUUUGGAGGAUGAUUUGCUUUCAGAUUUUUCUGGGGCUCUUGGGGUUUCUUGAAGGUUUUGUUUGGCUUUGUAUCAAAUUCAGGAUUUUCAAGCAGGUUUAGUUUGACAUGUUCAAGGAU